AUGUCUAGGGAAUGCCCUCAGAAUAAGAAUCAGAUGCAGGGGAGGAGUACCGGUCGAGUUUAUACCUUGGAUGGAAGGAAGGCUAAGAGCAACAAUGUCUUAAUUGAUGGCAUGUGUCUCGUCAAUAAUCAUCCUUGUUUUGUAUUGUUUGAUUGUGGGGCGACUCACUCUUUUAUAUCAAUUCGGUGCAUGAAGCGUCUUGGCUUGCAAGCAAUUCCCUUGUCUCCUCCUAUGGUGGUUACUACCGCCAUGGAUGAUGUGGUUGAGACACCGUUGAUUUAUGAAAAUUGUUCGCUCUCGGUUAAUGUGGUUUUGGGGAUGGAUUGGCUUUCCUCCAAUUCGGUGUUUAUUGGAUGUGAAGAGAAGUUGAUUAUCAUUCCAUCUAGUGAAGCUACUCCAAGGGAUAGGAUUAUAGAUAGGAUUGGAGAAGUAGCCUACCGAUUAGCUUUACCACCUUCUCUAUCAGAAAUGCAUGAUGUUUUUCACGUAUCUCAACUCCUGAAGUUCAUUCCAGAUUCUCAUCAGCCUAUUCCUCAUAUACUAUAA